GUUGUUUAUCAACGGAUGCAAUUUUGCGAAAUUACGAAUGAAUAAAAUAAUAAAAACUAUCAUUGUUUAUCGUGAUUAAAGAAAAUAAAUCCCUUUUUAUUAUCAUGACGAAUACAAAGCAAUUGAAGAUUACCAAUAUAUUUCGCAGGGGAGCUUCUGCAAAAAUCCCUGAAGACUGUGACGAAGUUCAGGAGGAAAUACAGCAACUGGAACAGAAGCUAAAAGAAAAGCAGGAUGAGCUCUUUCAACUCCAAAGAAACCGUUUGAGGAACAGUUGUAAAAACAAAAUUUCACCACCUAAGAAUAAACCUGACCCGUUUAUUAGACCGCAAAAAAUUGUCCUGCAUAACUCAGUGGAGAACCUGAAAAGGAACCUGGAGCUUAUAUCAAUGUUGUCUGGAACGGAGGUACAAUCAUAUGUUGCAAACGACCACUGCUGUAUUGUGUACCAUAUGCAGCACGAUUCACAGUUCAUUAUCAAACAUGGAUUAAAGAUUGAUAUGCAGUCAGGUGUUAAUGAAAUUUCAAAAUCUUCACUGCCACUUGGGUUCAACCUGAGUGCUGUGAUGGAAGGAUUCGACAAUGUGAUGAUGCCGGACUGCCUCAGUGCUAUCAGGAAGGCAUUAGUAGCAUACUACGACAGGCUGGAGCAGUAUGAAGCACUGAAGAAACUUCUGAACGUCGAGGCGACACUAUUCAAAGUGAUUGACGGUUCUCACAUAGAGGUGUCAUUCACCGCUCACAGUGAUAUGGAGCCAGAAGAUGAGCAGAUCCACAUAGUUCUUAUGCUGGACUACAGAGUAUAUGACAUUAGACCGAAGACUAUUACUUUUAAAGAAAUGGACCUUCCUGAGGGCGCGGUUGAGGCUCUGAGGGAACAGUGCACGAUAUUCAAAAAGAAGCCGCUUCGGAAAGCAUUCAAGGAAGCCUUCAUCACUGGCAUCGGACCAUACAAAUUGACUCAACAGAUCGGCCCCAGGCCUUCGGAGCGGCCGCAGCGUCGGCGCCCGCGCCCUCACAACAAACACUACCAUAACGACGACACCUUCCACCCCGAAGACUGUUCCGACCAGAGCGACUAUGCUAGCGACAACUGAUAUACGAAAUAGCCUAUGUUUUUUGAGAGUUAAUCAACAUACAAAAAACACAUGGAUAUGUUGAUAAAGCAGAUGGAAAUUGAUAUUACUCAGUGGAAUUUAAUGUUGCAGUGCAACUUUUAGUGAGAAGACACACGCUGCGGUGCGGCGCCGCACUGCAAACUUUUUACCGCAUCGCUGUACACGUCAUGUGAUAUUAUGCGCCGCCGCAAUACGGCACCGUCUCGCUCAAUCGAAGUGCGGUGUGCAUGCGGUGCGGCGCCGGAACGCACCGUCAGGCAUAUCAUUGAUUUUUAUAUGCAGGACGCCGCAGCGACACCGCUCCGGCGCCGCGCCGCGACCGCACCGCACCGUGUGGCUUCUCCCUUACGUGUAUGUGCAGUGUAUAAAGUGAAAACAGUCUUGUGAUGAAGUUAAGUGAAGUGUAAUUUGUUUGGUUACAAACUACUGAAAUGGUGUGGUUAGAAAAAGACAUUGCGUGUAUUACAUAUUAAACUUUAUUUAAAAUAAAAAUAGAAAAGAAUUUAUACAACUUUUUAUUGUUUACAAUUAUCAACUUUAGGUCUUGCCUCAUUGAUUACUACUUUUGAACUAGCAAAACUGAAAUAUUUAUUUUACACAAUGUAUUAAAUCUUA